ACUCGAGCCCAGCGUUGCCGUAGCAACGGCACUCGGGCUGGCCGGACGCCUGGGGCCGUUUGGGAUUGGUCAAUUGCCGUUCUUAGUGCUUAAUCCGAUUGGGUUUGUGUCCUGUCCUCUGCCAAUACUUGGCGGGGAUUGGCUGCUCUUGCUUGCUGAAUAAGCGACAAAUCGAGGUGCCUCGCAUUGCCUGUAGACGGAACGCUUCUUCUGUUGGUUAAGUUUUGCUCGCUCGCUUCAGUGUGGAAGCUUUUGUGUCCUGUGCAAGUUGGAAGUCUCGUCAAGCAACCGGACUGGAAAGAGCCUUUGUCCGCCAGUGCCGUGGUUUGACGAUGGAGGAACAUCACACGACAAGAGAGCCCGACAGCUCCUCCAACGAGGAUGUGGUCUCGCUGCGUUCCCCGGGAGAGGACAACAGCUGCAAUGGAAGCAUCCGAAAGGGAUGCGAUCCUUUUGGCCAAUCUCAACGCAGUAAACUGCAGAACCGACGAGCUCGCAUCAAUCAGCAAAUCAACAAAGAAAUGCGCAUGAGAGCCGGAGCUGAGAACCUGUUCAGGGCAACGACAAACAACAAAAUCAAAGAGACAGUGGCUCUGGAACUCAGCUAUGUCAACUCCAAUCUACAGUUGCUCAAGGAGGAACUGGAAGACCUCAACAGCAACAUGGAAGUCUAUCAGACUGAUAGUGAGGCUGUGAAUGUUCCUUUGAUCCCAUUGGGUUUAAAAGAAACCAAGGAAGUCGACUUCAGCACUCCCAUACAGGACUUCAUCCACGAGUACUACGGAGAGGACGGCUUACUCUAUCAAAAGGAGAUCAAAGAGCUUAUGGACCUCAGACAGGCCAUGCGCACGCCGGCUCGGAACCAGACCGGCUUGGGCUUGCUGAUGGAGUACUACAACCAACUGUACUUCCUGGAUCGGCGCUUCUUACCCCCACAUGAGAACCUGGGUGUGCACUUCCACUGGUAUGACUCACUGACCGGUGUUCCGUCAUGCCAGCGAGCGUUGGCCUUUGAGAAGGGGAGCGUCUUGUUCAACAUCGGCGCCUUGUACACCCAAAUUGGAGCGCGCCAGGAUCGUUCAGCCACUGCCGGCAUCGAGCGAGCUAUCGAUGCGUUUCAUAGAGCUGCAGGCGCAUUUGAUUAUCUGAAGGAGAAUUUCUCCAACGCGCCAAGUUUGGACAUGAGCGGGCCAGCGCUGUGCAUGCUGGUGCGACUGAUGGUGGCGCAGGCGCAGGAGUGCACCUUUGAGCGUGUGGCUCUUGGCCCACGAGAUGCAGACUUGGCCUCCUCGCUGCGCCUUGCGCAAGAAGCCGCGCAGGUGUCAGACGUCUACCUGCUGGCGCGGCGGGCCAUGUCGCAGCCGCCAAUGAAGGACUACGUGCCCUUUUCCUGGGCAUCCCUGGUUCAGGUCAAAUCUGAACAUUUCUGUGCGCUUUCACACUACUUUGCCGCCGUGGCGCUCUGCGACCGUAUGGCAUCUGAAGACACGGCGGAAGCGGAAAAAGCUUUACUUCACUUUUACGUGAGCCCGUGUGCCAGGCCGCCGCUGGGCCAGCUAUUGGGAGACGCCCAACAAAGACGAAAGUUUGGUAAAGCCCACCUGCGGCACGCUGUGAUGAGACACGAAGAGGCUAUUCGGCUGCACGGCGUGUGCAAGAUCCUGCGGAAGAUGGAUACAUUGCAGGACGUGCUGGUGCUGGCGCACAAGCGCUCGCUGGACAAGUACUCAGAGCUGGAUCGAGAGGACGACUUUGAACUGACACUGGAGGCUCCGCACAUCCGCCCGCAAAGUCAGCAAGAGCCGGACAUGACCCUGCCCCACUUCGUCCCAGUCGCGGACCUCUUCCAAAGAUUGGGGCCAUUGUCUGUGUUUUGCGCCCGAGGCCCCUGGGGGCCGGCGCGCGCCCUUUGCCUGCCCAGGAGCGAAGGUGGACUCGGCCUGAUGCUCAGAGGAGACUCGCCAGUCUUGGUGGCUGGCGUGGCGGCCGGAGGCUGUGCGGAGGAGGCGGGCCUGAGGGAAGGUGACUACAUCGUGUCCGUUGACGGGCACGACUGUAAGUGGGCCAAACAUGCUGACGUGGUGAGCUUGCUUCAGAUGCGCGGCGCCCGAGAAGUGCGGCUUGCCGUGAUUACGCCGCACAACACUCAGGCUGAGAAAAGGGCCCUUGUCAGCCGUGGCAAAGAGAACGCCGGCGGUAGGCCGACGUUGCGUGUCACCAAAGAGCAGAGUUCGGCCUCCUUACUCAACUGGAACAGGAAGAAGAGGGAAGGCAAACGGACUUGGAACAGGCUGGGGAGUGCCCUCCACUUGUCCUUCGGAAACCUUGGCCACACCUCGGCCACGUCCCGAGACGCGACCGCAGAGCAGCCGCUCGGGGACCCGCGGUGGCAGAGUUGAGUACUCAGAAAUGGCAUUUUCAAGUCUCUCCUGGGGAUGUUCGAGUCGGAAGCGGACCGCUCAGAUUUUGAUGCGUAUCAUUUUGAAGACUCUGUGGCAAAUGCGCCCAAUGGAGUCAUUCUACAAAUGUUUUCAACUACACAGGCUGUUGUCGUAGUCUGGAAAAUUGCUCAUCUUGCCAUCUUGCUCAGCGCACAAUACAAGUCAACAGAACAUGGGCCAGCAUCCGGCCGCGUCGCGCUUGACUCUAGAUGGCAGGGCCCACGGCGCUCCGUUCGAGUUCGGCAAUCACCAACAUGUGGUUGAAGUCAGCCGGGCUGCGGUUAAACGUCUCCACCAAGCCGAACGUCUCUUGCGUCUUGCUAGCGUAGAAGAGCUGCACCUGAUUGGCCAAACAUUGAGCCUGCACCACAGUCUAAUGGGGGGGAAGAAGGCGGAAAAAAAACACGCACAGUUUAUACAGUCAGCUGGUCCACCUGCUGGAUGAAAACAAUUUGAACCAUUUGUGAGGUUUGAGCCGUGCAUCGCUGUGAUUCUCCCUUGGCCAUUGACUACUCGGCUCACUUACGAUGAACUUAGGGUCCAGCUCCGCCGUCACCAGCACGAUGCCCUUGUCCUCCUUCAAGUCCUGGAAGUGGUGGAGGAUCAUCUGGCUGGGAGCGCUCUCUCCGUGAGUCUGCCUCACACACACACAAGCCAAAGUCCAGCGACACUUGACGGCAAAAAAGGCGACGCGCAUGCUCACCUGGAUGUUGAUGAGGGAGGUGAAGUGGACCUGGUGGGCGGACCAAUGACCCACAAAGAACUCGUAGCCCUCCUUCUGAGGCAACGCAAACAAGAACUGGGGGAUAAAAGCAUGAUGGUGUUGACGGGAGAGAACAGAAGGCCUGGUGGCACCUUGACAUCACGUGGGACAAAUGAAACUGCUUUUUCUUUUUUUUUUUAUAACAGUUUACCUUCAGUUCACCUUUACAAAACUAACAAUAAUGUCCUUGCUUUUUAUCUGUGGCAAUUAACUUUGUUGCUUUUAAAUGUUGUUUUGGAAUAAUAACCAAAAUAAUGAUGCA